UACAAAAAGAGAGACUUGGCUGGCGAGCGCGGAGCUCCAGCAACAGCGGGCGGAGAUCCUCGCCUUCGCUUGGCCAGUCUCGAUUUGGGGAGAGGAUCUUUUCCCCGCGCGCCUUAGAAAACUGGAUAAAGAACUUUGCGUAAAGGAGCAAAGCGCAGCUCAUCUUCUCCCCUGAAGGGUUUUUUCCCCAUCCUCCAGGUUUCUUUUUUCCAGUUUGGAAAGCGAAGAGCAAACUGGCUCCAGCCAAACGUCCUUCGGCGGAUCCUCGGUGAGGGGGGAAAGGGGAAGAGUUCGUCGGAGCCGCGCAUCUCCCUCGCUCUCCCGGGAGAACAUGAACAGGGCAAGGCGAUUCUCGGCGGGAGCUUUCUCUGGCGCGUCCAUCUCGCUGCUGUGUGCCCUGCUUGGCCUCGCCGAUGCCAAAGGGACAUAUUACCGCCACCCCGUGCCCAUCCCUUACGGCAACCGAUACAACCUCUACACCUCAGGAUCGAGCCCCCAGCUCACGCCGGGAAAGCCCAUGGGGAAGCACAAGAACUACUGUGCGUAUGUGGUGCAUAGGAAUGUAACUUGCACCCUUCAGGAUGGAGCAGAGAGCUACGUGAAAGCCGAAUAUCACAAGUGCAGCUGGGGACCCAAGUGUCCUGGGAAAGUCCUGUACCGCACGUUCUUCAGACCCAGGUACAAGAUUGGCUACAAGACAGUGACUGAGAUUGUGUGGAGGUGUUGCCCAGGCCUCAUGGGAGAAGGAUGUCACGACAGUCCCACUGACCAGCCAGGGCUUCUUCCCCAGCACCCCAGUCCCAAGUUGCCUCCUACUCAGAAGAUGUUCCCAGCUCCUAGAGUUCCCCCUCACCCCAAAAUUCAUGCAGACUCAUUUCCAGGACCAAAAAAGAACCACUACGGUCGAAAAAUGCCUAGUUUGUUUGGAGACCGACUAGAUCGGCUAGAGGAUGAAAUCAGACGUCUCUCGCAGUCUUAUGACACCCUACACAACAUGGUGAAUGGCCUGGGGGACCAUUUGCGGCUUGCCAUCCAGGAGGACACCAGUAAGAUGAUUGGAUCGCUGAUGAACAGCCCAAGUGUGCCUGAUUCAACCAUGGGGUUUGGAGUCAUUCCCGAUGGGAUUGUGGAUGCUGCAGACAAAGCAGACCUCUCCCCUUAUCCGCCAGUGGGUGAGAUCCUAAGCAAAGUGACUGAGAUGAGUGAUUCACUGAAAACCAAGACUAACUUGCUGGACGAGGUGCAUGGCAUGGUGCUGGACCACGAUGGACAGAUCAAACACCUGCUGGAGUCAGCCCGGCCUUCUCCUCUCACCUCCAUCGAUAUGCUAGAAGAAUAUGUGGACAGCAGGCUUAGCAAUUUGCGGGUGGAGCUGCUGGAUGGCUUUGAGAAGAAGCUGGUGAACAUUCAGAGCACAUGUGAUUACCGGAUCAAGGAAGUCCAGCAACAAUGUGAGGAAGAGAAAGCUGCCAACCUCCGUCUUCAGCAGACCCUGGAUGGAAAAGAGCUGGAAAUCAAGAAGGAGAUCUCCCAGCUGGAAACCCAGAUCCAAGGGCUGACCGUUGUGGAAAGCUGCUGUAGCAACUUAAACUACCUCACCGAACGGAUGGAUAUCCUAGAGAAGGGCUUGCACAGUAUUUCUGAGUCUCAGAAGAAUCUACACUCCAGGUUGGACAAUGAACUCUCCACUGUUACCUUGGGGAACAUAGUUGAAGGGCGCUUUGAGGACUUUGAAGCCAGGCUGAAUUUUACAGAGAGGGAAAUGGGAAGUUGUUGCUCCAGUGUAGAGGAUAACAUGAGAGGUCUGUUGGGGUCAGAGCUGGAUGGCACAAGGGCAUUGUUUGAGGACAAAAUGCGAACCUUUGAGGAGAGAUUUAUAACCAUUGUAGGAGAUGUGAACAAUGUCAGCUCCACCGUGGCGAUAGAUGGAGCUGUAAUGCCCCUCUUGGAAGGGGAGCUUGCUAUUAUAAGAAAGGGAACAGAUGAGAAGUUAGAAGUACUCCAGAGUCGGCUGACUGCCUUAGAAAGCACGUGCUCAUUGGGUUGCAUAGCCACCUCCAAAGAUGUAGAGAUUUUUCGCACAGAAAUCGAGGACUGCCAAAGCAAGAACCAGGAUUUACUGCUCAGAAUGGACAGCAACUCUGACCUUCUUCGGAAACUUAAUGCUACUAUCCUGGAAAUCCAGAGGCGGAUUGAAGAGGAAGCAGCUGAGUCCUUGCAAGGUGAGAUCACUCUGUUGAAGAUCAACCUGAACACCAUGAGCAAGUCCUUAACUGGGCUGAAGGAUUCUGUUUCUCAGUACUCGGACACGGUGCUCCAUGUCAACUCCUCUUUGGACGAGCGCGAGCGCAAGAUAGAAGAUGAGGUCCACUCCAUUCAAGAGAAGAUCAACAACCAAGGCUCCCAGCUUCUGUUCAGCAACAAGCGAGUCCUCAACCUAAAAGGAGACCUUGAAAGGCUCAAGUCCAGAAUCAUCAGUGAUUUGAGCAACUGCAAGAGUGUGGCUCAUGGCCUGCAGAAGGAAGUGCUCCAGUUUGAUGACCGUGUGGCCCAGGUGGAGGACAUGUGUGGCAGACUGGGCAUGGUAACGGGAAGCCUGGACCACAUCAAAGGUGAGCUGGAAAAUAACGCAGGAAGUAUGUGGGGCUACAUGGACCAUAUGAACGCAACCUUAGCUGCCCACUCUCAGGAAAUUAAUGUACUCAAAGAUAACUUGUUGGACUGUCAGGCAAAAGUCACAGAACUAGCUGAAGACAUCAGCCUCUUAGAAACCAAGCUGCAAGGCAACCAGCAUUAGCUAUGUCAAACCCAAAGUACAACUAACUUAUAUCAUGCAGACUCCAAUGUGAUGAUACCAGGAUGUUGUUUUAUUUUUGCGGGGUGGGGAGGUUACUAAAUGUUAAAAGCUGCUAUAAUCCCAUCUCUCAUUUCGCCCCCGAAAGAACGACAUUUUCCUGCUACAGUUUAAGCUGUACAUUUGCCAUUACUGUAUUCUCUGUGGAUAUUUAGCAGCUGUAUGUAUGUAGCAAAGUGCCUUCCCAUAGAUGGGGUCACAUUGGGUUACAUUUCCAAUAUGCUGUUUCGUUCAGGAAGAAACAGACCUAAUCUAUAGGAUUAUUUGCUUUGGGAAUAAUGAAAAACCUACUAUUUAAGAGCUGGAGCAAAGAAAAUCGGUUCUUGGCCAUUAUAUCUAUCUACUAGAUGCAAAAGUCUGGUUCAGGGACCAUUCUAAGCAAUACCAGCUUUGAGAAACACUUUGGAUUUUGCGAAGACUUCCCCCCAUUUCCGUAUUAUACAUUUGUACAAAACCUAGACUGGAAUUCUUCAUGGCAGCAUUGAUCGAUACAAGCAUAAGGAACACUCAGUUCAGAAAUCAACAGGUAUUGUAUGGGUUCAUUCAAGAAGAGACCACCCUAUAUUCACUAUCUCCUCCUCCAUUGCAUUCAUUGCUACAAAGUUCAGGACAGUUUUCUGACAGUUGUUGUUCUCAAGCACUGUGGGUGCAGAAUGUGCUUUGUAUGAAAGAAGCGGUGGGCAGGCUGAAUGCACCACCUGCUUAGGACCAUAUCUGUGUCCAUAAAUGCAUGGGACACCUGAUCUGGAUUCAGUCCCUGGGGGAGGCCAUAGUUCUGCCUGAUCCCCCACCUAAUCUGCAAUGGGAAAAUGCUCUCCCAUUGAAGCAAAAGGGGAGCAAACUGCUGACACGGGAAACUGGAGGAGAAAGGGUUAAUACCUUCCCACUCCCACACGGAGGCCCUGAUCCUAGGAAUUGGGCUAAAUAAUUGCAUUAAACCUGCACUGAAGGACACAAAUAUGAAGCUAAUGUACCAUCGAGUCUGGCCCUUAGGUGGCUUCCUGUAAGCCUAGAGACUGGCAGAAGGAAGCACAUGAACUUCUCCUUAUGGUGCUGUAGGAAUGCUAUACUGUCACUCCCUGGGAGACAUGCAGGUCAAAAGAUAAAAGACCAACCUGUUUUGAACAAAGUUCUUCUUCAGGGACACUCUUGAACACACAAUGGUAGUCCUAUGGUUGUAGCCAACUAAGUUCUACUCAGUUUAGCUCCACUGAAAUUAAGGAAUGUGUUAGUCAGGUCCAUUCAUUCUUAUGAGUCAACUCCGCAUAUGACUAGUACUGGAUGCAGCCCCCGGUGCUCUAGAAGCACAGUGAAUCAUUGCAUGCACAUCUGACGCAGUAUUAAGGCAGCUUCUUAUGUUCCCCUUAUGGGAUGGGCAAGAAAGUCAACUUCUAGCAGGUGUUCAUAUAAGUAGCAGCACAUUGUGAGGGGCCUCCAUCAUUUGGAUUCAUUUCCCCAGCUUGCCAAGUCCAACCUGCUUUAACUUGAGCUCCCUGUACCAAAGGGUGAAUGCCCUUAAAAUGAUCAAUGAUCAUUCAUCUAGCCCAGGAUGUGAGUGGCAUGAGGGGGAGUGAGGAUCUCUUAUUGGAUCUGGAGCAUGUUCAAGUGAAGCUAUUCAUUUGUCACCAUCUCAACUGCAAAGGUUUUGUUUUUUUGUUUUAAAGACGUCAGUAUUUCUUUAGACAAAGCAUUAAGCAUUCAGGGGGUUCCUGAAUACUUCAUGACCUCUACCCUCCAGCAUGGCAGCUAGGUGGUAAACACGUCUACUUUGAAACGAGUUCCAUGGAUGAAAAUUACAUUCUCAUCCAAGGAACUGAGGGCUGAUCCACACCUCCAUUUUGCCCAGCUGACCUCUGCUGGGGAAACCCAAUAUUUAGUGCUGAAAUGGAACAAACGGCAAUGGCAAUCCAGGGAUUGUCGUUUGUUCCAAUUUAAAGCUAAAAAGUGAGUUUUCCAAGGGAAAGGAUCAGGACGAAAGCUUCUCCAAGCUGGUUCCUGCCCAGUAUUCUGUUUUCAGUUGUGGCCAACCUUAUAUCAUAGGAAGCUCAUAGAUUUCCCCCAGCAUCCAGAGGCAUCGUGCUUCUAAUAAGGGAAGCAUCAUUUGUUUUUUCUAAACCCCCCCCACUUUAUUCAAAAGUUCUGUAAGCCAGUGGCCAUCACUGAAUGCUGCGACGAUGGACUCUGCAACUGACUCAUUUCACAAAGUGCUUUCUUAUGUCUAUCCCAACGUCCUCCCUCAGAACCUCAGCUUGGGGUCCUUGCAUGUUGAGAGAUGGAGAAAUAAAAGCUCUGCUGAAAUAACUUGCACCUGUAACCAUCUUGGAUGGUGAAGCAGUUUAUCCAUGGGAAGAUUUCAUAUGCACCCUGUCAUGUUUCAAUCCACUUACUGUGUGUGUCACCCCAAACCCACAUAUUAACACAACCAUGUACAGCAGGUGGGGCUGGCUGAAGACAUUACCCCCAGCAUCCAUUGCGUGCAACUGCCCCACUUUGCCUAAUGGUAGCGCUGGGCCUAUCAGGGGUGAGGAGAAAGAAAUCUGCCCCACUGCCAUACUAAUACUAUAGGCAUACAGGGCAGCACAACAGCAGGUGCAUUUAAAUAUGACAGGCUGUGCAUUGGAUACUUACACUGGUGUUUCACCAAUAGGUCCAUAUUACAUAUAAACUGGGCACCAGUUUGAAAUGGAGCUAGAGAUCAGACGGGCUAUGCAAAUCCUGAAGAAAGAAACUCCUUAUUUAAAAUAGGAGUUUAAAUAGUAUCACAAAAAUCAGAAACUAUCCUCAUCUACAACCGAUUUCUUAUAAACUGCUGGUUGGGACUUUUCUGUGAGCAGAGUUAGAGAAAUAAUGGUUAUGUGACUAUCUCUCAGCAAUGGUGCUAAUGUCUGCAUUUAUUUCUUAGCCGGGAACUUGAAUCUUUCAACAUUUUUCGCAGUUAUCUGUUCUCUUAGUUUAAAGACUAAAUCACUCUGUGGUUGCUUUCAAGAAACAGGGCAUUGUGUCACUUUCGAAGACAGACUCUUACGUUCAAUUGCUGGUCCUGAUGGGGUUUCUGCCAAUGCUGGUAACAGAUCCUGUUCAGUCCAGUUUGUAUUUUUUUUUAAAAAAAAAGAUAUUGUACAUUUUGUUCAGAUUGUAAAAGUUGAAUGACUGUUUGUACUGUUGGGCAGGAGGGAGAAAGACUCUCACCAAGGUUUCUGAGAUUGGAUUACUGUAUCAUCUAAACAUAAAGAGCCACACACAAAAAAACCCACCUACAAAAAAUGAGUUUUGAGUUACUGAGAAAAUCAAACAACACCCGUCUAAAGUUUGUUUUCCAGAUUGCUGGUGGGAUAUGUGGGUUGCUAUAUAUGGAUAACCAGGUGUAGGUUCGUAGCAGUUACAGUAUCUACAGCUCUUUGCGUGCAACCACUGCCCAACAUUUUCAUCACUUGCUGCUCCUUGAAACCUGCAAGAUUCCACUUCCUGCAUCUUCUUAGACAUUCCCAUCUAGGGCUCUGAUCCUUAAGAACCAAAAUCCAAAUGAGCUGAUUGCAUGAGCAUUGUUUUCAGUUGUGUAGACCUAGUACUGACCUCCAUAUUGGCCCAAUAGAAGCAUAGUUCAAAUAGCCUCAGCCUUUAUCAGAGCAAGGAUUGCAUAGGGGCUAAAGGCAGAGUUACACAUGAGGGAGGAGAUUAUCUCUACCACCCUGGGGUUUUUGUUUUUUUGUUGGGCUAAAAGCAGCAGGGAGAUUAGAGCAGCGUUUCUCAACCGGUGUUCCGCGGCACAGUAGUGUGCCGUGA